AUGAAGCAUAUAGAUACUUUGUCGAGAACGACAAAGGAGACGAUAACAAGCUCUGAAUGCAGCAAUGAGGGCAAAACAACGAAAGGGGCUCAAUGGAAGAAGCCGACGACGAGGAAUUUAGCAGAGUAUCUGGUGCCUACGAAAGAUCCGCUUCCAAAAAUAAACAAGCGGACGACUCCAAACGAACCAAAAAAGCAAGUGAAGAAUCAAGAGAAGAAGAAAGAAAAAGCUACUCAUUUAAAAAAGAAGCUUGAAAAUUUUCGUGCGUCAAAUGGUCCUCUUGAAAGAACAACCAACAAGCUAUUGCCGUUGGAAGAGGAACUCGACAAAGCUGUGCUGUUGUUAAUCAAAACUCUGAAGAAAUUUCAAGACCGCGUAUGGAAGAAAUCUCAAGAAAAGGCCAGAGCACAUAGGCGGCUAGUUUUUGGACUCCAUGAAACUUUGAAGCGGAUUCGAGCCGAGGAUGUGAAAAUUGUUGUUACUGCGCGAAACAUUGACAAAGAAAUGGAACAAGAAACGGUGACCUCUUUACUUCUCGAUCUGAAAAAGGAAUGCGUAAAACGCCGUCUGCCGUUGAUUAACUCAGCUACGAAGCUCGAGUUGAGCAAAGCGUGCUCGAAAUUCCCUUAUACGAACGUGAUCGCAAUACUUGAUACAAGUGGAGCAGAGCACUAUCUUAGUGAAGUGACGCGCCUGAACGAACAGGCUACUUUUCAAAAAGAAUUAUCAGAACAUCAAUCUUCUUUAUUUGCA